AUGGCAGUCGUACGUGCUGCUGCGCUUGCUGGGCUGUUGUUGGAGUGGAUAGAGUGGCCAGUUUUUGCUUUCAGUCACGAAGAUACAGAAUGUCGGACAGGGGAGACGGAGUUUCCUGCAUUCCUCCAGAUGGGGCUAAACCUGCAGUCUCUGGGUGCAGAGAGCAGAGGUCAGGUUUCCACUCUACCAGCAGAUGUACGCGGACGGGGUUUAUGUCCCAGUUUGUUUCCAAGAUGCGAUUCGCUGCCUCAGAUCUGCGAGAAUAGCAGCCCGAACAUGUUUCGACUGGGGACGGCCAGUGCAGGCAGUGCCCGCGAUCCUGAAAAUUUGGCACUGGAUUUAACGAAUGCUCUCCGAGGUGGCAUGAUCCAAAUUCUGGUGAUGGCAUUAUUUAAGCAAGGUGCAUACACAGACGAGCAGGGGCUCUUGGCGGAGCGGGCCACUCCACUAGAAGACUCCAGCUCUACGCUACUGGAGCUGCGGUUGUCAGGAGACGGUCGGAGCGUGGACGUGUACAAGCCGGUUAUGGACCUACGGACUUCGGAUCCGCAGUCGAGGCACGCUCUCCGAGCUGGAAUUGGGAACGGACUGCAAGCCUCCCUACCAAGGCUCCACUGCAUAGGUGCAGCAGGCGCAGAAGAUCGCAUCAUUGUGGACAUGAGCAGCUUUCUCGAGCUUGGCUUCUUCGUAGUUGACACCGGGGAUCUCGGCUUCGAUGUUACGGUCAUCAAGGCCAAGGAAUUUCCCACCAACCUCGACAUCACUGCAGACUACGGCCCCAGUGUGCCGCUGCUGCGUGUGGGCUACUCUGUUGUAUUGCUACCGGAGACGGCAAUGGAACCCCGCGAAAAUGACGAUCGACUGCUGUAUUUCGACACACAAUAUCAAGACAAGGGCAGCCACAAGAAGAAGGCUCACCAGAAACUGAGCGAGGCUGUGGACAGCCACAUCUCCAUGAUCUGGAGGUAUAAUCUUCGACGGUUGCCGGGUCAUACCAUCCGCUUCUAUGUUGACCCAAGCGUGCCUGCGAGAUGGCGGCCCUACUUCAAGAAGGGCGUCGAGGCUUGGAAUGAGGCCUUCACUUUGAUCGAGCGGCCGCAAGCUGUGCGAGCGAUGCUGCCGGAAGACGAGGAUUGGCCAGCUGAUUAUGACAUGUCCGACGCUCGCUUUAGUGCGAUCACCUGGGACACUUCCGAGGAAACUCUCAGCAUGGGCAUCGCGAAGGUGGAUCCCAGAAGCGGGGAGAUCCUGAAGUGCGACGUGAUCAUGGGAGACUCUUGGGUGAAGACGUACCUGGACGAGCUCGAGAUGGAGUUUGUGAACUUCACGAACUUCCUCAGCAAGACGCCCUCGGUGUCGGUGCUCUUGCACCAGGAUGUAGUCGAGCCUGGCCAGACCUCGACCCGCAGGAUCCUCGAGCUGCUGCAGCAGGGUAGCACGGACCGGAAGUCUCGCAGUUUCGGCUUUGCUGCUGCCUACAUGCAGAAGCGGCUGCGGCGCAGCGAGCUCGAGGCGCUGCUGGGCUCAGGGCUGCAGGAGAUCGUGACACACGAGGUUGGUCACUGCUUGGGAUUGCGGCACAACUUCAAAGGCUCUAUGGGAGUCAGCCACGAGUGCCUCCGGGACCUUCAUUGCACGGCCGUUCACGGCACCACCGCCAGCGUCAUGGACUAUGUGCCGGUGAACCUCCCGAGACCUGGAGAUUCGCUGACGCACGUUUGGUCUCCGACUAUCGGUGAGUACGACAAGCUGGCCAUCCGGUACGGAUACACGCACAUACAGAGUCCCCUGGAUGCUAGCACCGAAGAAAUCCUGGAGGAAGUCCGCAGGCGUGCCGAAGGCAUCCAAACCUGCUAUGACGAUGAUUUAUAUUUGGGCGAAGAUCCGUCUUGUUUGGAUUAUGACCUGUCUGCCGACCCUGUGCACUACUGGGACCAGCAGCUGGAUCUCUACGCGGACAUCCAAAAUCAUCUGCUGGAGAUGUCGGUUGCACCAUCAGAAUCCUAUAGCCUUUAUGGCAAGGCAGUGCACUCUGUCGUCGGUGGGUUCCUCCCGGAGAUAGGCAUCAAUGCGGUGUAUUAUCUCGGAGGGAUCAACAACACGUACCUGCACAAGUACACUGAUCAGACCCGGCGAUCAAGGCAGCCGAUGCCAGCGGAGACGCAGCGGCGGGCACUGGCCGUCAUUCUGCGAUUGCUCCCGCCCGCACCCGAGCUGCAACAGAUUUGUUGGUCUUGGGAACGUGCCGAUGCCAACCUGCCGUACCUGGUGGAUGGCGACCAAUUGCAGGGCGCCAUCGAGAGCCUGGACCUCACAGGUCUCGUACGCCGGCUGCGAAGGCUCUUGCUGGAGGAAGCUCUGCGCUCCGAGCGGCUGCUGCAACUUUACAAACAGGAGACCCUUCUGAUCGCCGGAGAGGCGGAGGUCUUCCCCGUGUCGGAGUUUCUGUCUACUCUCGUUUAUGGAGUCAUGAGCGCAGGGCUCGACAGGAUCACCUCGGAUGACGAACGGGAUCUUCAGCGGACCUUCGUGCAGAUUUUAACUUCCAAAUUUCCAGCACAAGCACAGGUCCUCCCCGCGGAAGUCAUGACCCAACUGCAGUAUUUCCACAGCUUCGUUUAUGAGAUGACCGAGGGUGCUUUGGAUCGUCUUCCCACCACUGCCCGAGGGGCCGAGUGGGCUUUCUGCGCAGCUUUCAACAAGACCUGUACCUGCACUGGCCUUGUCCGUGUGAGGCUGGCAAACAUCAGUAGCUCUGGGCAGUGGUCCGGUACAGACAAGGCGUGCCUUCCUUCGCACUUCGCGAUCAAUGCCUCGACAGAUCAAACCUCCUGGUGUGAGUGCCUCUCCUUGACGAAGACGGAUCUGGACCAAAGAGAGGAGUCCGCGGUCCAGACUCAGAUCCUUCAAGACAUGAGUGACUACACGGCGCACAUCGUGCAAGAGACGGAUGACUUGGACCCCUCGAAGAUCCAGCUUCACCGGCCUGGCCGAGUGAUUGAGCUUCCAAACGGAGAGCUCCAGCCAGACUCCAAGCGGGUCCAAUUGGGUGGAGUCGCCUUUUGCCUGCGAGCGAUGGCUUUCCAGGAUGCAUUUUACUUCGACAAGAACGGCUUGGGCUUGUCGGAAGACCUGCCCUUUCCUCUUGACGCGUCUCUCUACCGGGAGAUCAAUGUCGGCGAUGCCCUGGACGAGCGCGCGCCAGAGUUGAAUGCUGUUUUUUUGAGGCCUCGACUGGUUCAGGUGACCCCGCCCCGUGCGACUUUGGGCUUGCCGAACACCCUCCUCACGUCACAGCAUCAGCAUCCAGGUCCUAGCUCAAUACCUUGGCCCAAGACUGGUGAUGGGGAGCCCCGCCAUAAGGCAGUGAAGGUGAGCAAUGCUCAUCACAGGAACCAUCGGAAGGUUGCACCACGGCGACACCACCGCAUGGGACGGGGUGCCUUUGACUUCACCGUUGUGUUCUCCGGCUAUGACCACGACAAACAUGCGGACUUCGAGCUCGUGCCACGGGUCAUCGGCAAGGGUGGCUGCAACAUGCUUCCUUUCCCGCGCAUGGGUGCCUCUGCUCGCGUUUGUGGCCAAGGUAGCGGACUUAGUGAGAGCGAAGCGAAUGCUGGCACUCAUGGUGAACCAGAUGAUAGACUGCAGCUAGUAGUCUGUUGCAGCACGAAGGAUGUCAUGGACGAGGCCAUGCAGUGGGCACAGAAUUUCCUCGGCGAACUUCGAACUCAUUUCCGCCGCUUUUGUCGCAAGAAGGGCUUCCCUUGCCCGGAGUUGUACUGCAUGUACAGCCGGAGCGACCAUGACUGA